AUGCAUGCCGUCACAAGAACGGAGGAAGUUGAAUACGUUAAACAUAUUCUGCAUACCCUCGUUCAGUGGCCGAGAUAUGCAAUAAAGCUUGUGAACAAGACACCUAGCAAGUCAAAUAGUGGCACGGGAAUGAGUUCGAAUCGCGGCUCACCACGGAUACAAGUUGAUGACAUCACGACGACUUCAGUUUAUCGUCCACAAUUUGAAGAAAAGCACAUCGCCUAUCAACACGAAAUUAUUGAGCAUUUUCAAUGUGAUUUAGUUGAUAUGAUGUUAUCUAUGAAUCCACCACAUCUUGAUUUAAAUGCAAUCGGACCCGGACCCGAACUCGAACUCGAACCCGGACCCGGACCCGGACCCGAACCCGAACCCGAACCCGAAUCCGAAUCCGAACCCGAAUCCGAACCCGAAUUUGAAUCCGAUAUCGGUUCUGAAUCCGAAUCCGAAUCCGAAACCGAACCCGAACCUGAAUUCCAUACACAUGAUGAUCUUGAAUUGUGUACAUCCUUGAGCAAAUUAGAACAACAAAGUCCUCAAAUUCAAUGUGUUGGUUUUCAAGUAGCAGAGUUUUUUGGGAAUGCAAAUGUCGUUAAUAUUUUUUCAACCAAAGGGAUGUAUCGCCGUAGGGUUCAAGUUAGCAUCCAAUAUAUCGAGGUGUUACAACUACUUUUAAGAGGUUGGCUUGAUUUUAGCGUUAUUCAUUGGUUUGCGAUGUAA